AUGCAAAAGGAAAUUGAUCACCUAAAGAGAAGCUUGAGCCAUGAACAGCGAAAGCGAGCUUCAUCCAAUUCUGACUUCACUUCUGAUGGUGAAGAGGAUGGCAGCUAUAGGUGCAGAUCAAGGACUCCUCCUAACGAGUCUUUCUCAUAUGACGAGGACUAUUAUCAUGAACGCAGAAACAGAAAUUCAUCCUCAGUAGGCUUGGGAAACGACGUUAUGAGUAAAGCACUCAACCAAAUUUCUAGGUCACCUUUCACGCGUUGGAUUGAGAGAAGGGGACUUCCUCAGCGAUUCACUCAACCCACAUUCACAAUGUACAAUGGUAGAACAGACCCUAUGGAGCAUGUCAGCCACUUCAAUCAAAAAAUGGCUAUACACUCCAAAAACGAGGCCUUGAUGUGCAAAGUAUUCUCAUUCAGUUUAGGGCCUAUGGUGAUGAGGUGGCUUGAUAGUCUGAGGGCAACUUCCAUUGAUUCCUUUAAGGAACUCACUCAGGCGUUUGGAUCCCGUUUUAUUACGUGCAACAGGGUUCCUCGGCCUUUAGCUUCCUUAUUGUCUCUGUCUAUGAGAGAAGGCAAAACCCUGAAAGCAUAUUCGGACAGAUAUUGGGAGAUGUUCAACGAGAUUGAUGGUGAUUUUGACGAUGUAACCAUCAACACAUUCAAGUUCGGCGAACCUGCUGAGCAUGGCUUAAGGAAAUCUUUGAUUGGGAAGCCUGUUAUCAGUGUACGCUAG